CGCCCGGCGGGAGCGCGCGGAGCAGCAGGGCGGGCGUGGAGCGUGCGGGGGCCGCGCGCUGCCUCUCAGAGGCCGGACGGCACUGCCGGGAGGCGGCGGCGGCGGCGACAACGACGGCGGCGGCGGCGGCGGCCGUGACGGGGACCGCGCCGGGGGGUGAGUGCCGGGGGACGCCGACCCCUGCGGAACCGGAAGUGCCGGGCCACUGAGGUGAGGCACUGUAAUCCAGUUGAACUCUGCAUCCAGAAACCCCAAGAUUGAAGACAGAUUGGAGACAUUGAUUAACCUGGUAACAGGGACCUCUUUGGAACUUUGUUUUCAUCCAUAGUAAACUUUCAAAAGUAUCUUCAGAGUGGCAUUAACGGAAUUCACCUUCUUUUGCUUACCGGGAAGAACAUGGCUUCGGGGAUUUCGUAUUUCCCUUUAGUUUUGUAUGAACUCUGUAGAAAACAAAGUUCUUAGAGGACUUGGGAACAAGAAGAGAUCGAAGACAAACCUCCUGUGCUCCUUUCUGUUUUCCCUCCCUCUCCAAAGAAAAGGAAUUACAACUUAGCCUUGUACCAGCUGCUGCCCAGCGUCAGCCAUCAACAGGAAAGAAAUCAAGUUAAAUCAGUGCCCAAGUGGAAGAAGCCCUGAAGUCAAGGUGUGGGAGUGGUGACUCGAGAGAAAACCGCCUAGAGGGACUCGACAGACUGCUUUUCUUUCCAGCUGCAAUGGGCUCUGGGUUCCUUUGGGGAUUAAAAUAGAAACUCUGGGCACACUUCUUCGGAGGUGUAGGUGGUCGUCACCCUCUGUGGACUGUGUGGUCGGCGUGGAGCUACCCUCGUAUCUCCGAAGAAUUUUGUUCUUUCUCUGAAGGAUUCCGCCCUCCUCCGUUCUCGACUUUCCUUUCGCAGACUUGCCUCCAUCCAUGAGCUGUUCCUUGAUCUGCUUGACUGCCCAUGUUCUCCAUUCGCAUCUAUUUGCAUGUGUCCGGCCUCCUGUUUGUUUCCAGUUUCUAACCUGCACAAGUUGUGUCUCUUAAGCUUUCUGUCUGCCUCAUUCUGGGAGGUGGUGGUUCAUCGGUGGGCCAUCACCUUUCCCCCUCCCAUGUGCUUUCCUUCAUUCGCAGUCUUUUGACCUCUGGUUUUGUUUGGGAGGGGGAAGGGUGACACCUCUGAAUUUCUGUUCCUUGGUUCCCUUCCGGACUCUUCUCUCCAUCGUUUCUCCCUCGUCCCAUUUUCUUGCCUGUUCUGCCGCUGUGUGGGCCUGGGCUAUGCGGCAGGGCAGAUCUCCCACCAGAGGUCCAACAUGCCCGCAGAGUCUGGAAAGAGAUUCAAACCCAGCAAGUAUGUUCCGGUCUCAGCAGCCGCCAUCUUCUUAGUAGGAGCCACGACGCUCUUCUUUGCCUUUACCUGCCCAGGACUAAGCCUCUAUGUGUCACCUGCAGUGCCCAUCUACAAUGCGAUUGUUUUUCUCUUUGUGCUGGCCAACUUCAGCAUGGCCACCUUCAUGGAUCCAGGGAUUUUCCCUCGAGCUGAGGAGGAUGAAGAUAAAGAAGAUGACUUCCGAGCUCCCCUUUACAAAACAGUGGAGAUCAAGGGGAUCCAGGUGCGCAUGAAAUGGUGUGCCACCUGCCGCUUCUACCGUCCUCCGCGGUGUUCUCACUGCAGUGUCUGUGACAAUUGUGUCGAGGAAUUUGAUCAUCACUGCCCCUGGGUGAACAACUGUAUUGGUCGCCGGAACUACCGUUAUUUCUUCCUCUUUCUCCUUUCCCUGACAGCGCACAUUAUGGGUGUGUUUGGCUUCGGCCUCCUUUAUGUCCUCUACCACAUGGAGGAACUCUCAGGGGUGCGCACAGCUGUCACAAUGGCAGUGAUGUGUGUGGCUGGCUUAUUCUUCAUCCCUGUAGCUGGCCUCACAGGAUUUCAUGUGGUGCUGGUGGCUAGGGGGCGCACAACCAAUGAACAGGUUACGGGUAAAUUCCGGGGAGGUGUGAAUCCCUUCACCAAUGGCUGCUGUAACAAUGUCAGCCGUGUGCUCUGCAGCUCCCCAGCACCCAGAUAUUUGGGGAGACUAAAGAAAGAGAAGACAAUUGUAAUCAGACCUCCCUUCCUUCGACCAGAAGUGACAGAUGGACAGAUAACUGUGAAGAUCAUGGACAAUGGAAUCCAGGGAGAGCUGAGGAGAACCAAGUCCAAGGGAAGCUUGGAGAUAACCGAGAGCCAGUCUGCAGAUGCAGAGCCACCACCUCCUCCUAAGCCGGACCUGAGCCGGUACACGGGCUUACGGACACACCUGGGCCUGGCUGCUGAGGAGAGCAGCCUCUUGAGCAAGGAUAGCCCCCCGACACCUACCAUGUACAAGUAUCGGCCAGCCUACAGUAGCAGCAGUGCAUCAGCUGCCAUGCCUCAUUCUUCCAGCGCCAAGUUGAGUCGUGGAGACAGCUUGAAGGAGCCAACUUCUAUCGCCGAGAGCAGCCGCCACCCCAGCUAUCGCUCAGAGCCCAGCUUGGAGCCCGAGAGCUUCCGUUCUCCCACGUUUGGCAAGAGUUUUCACUUCGAUCCUUUGUCCAGUGGCUCACGCUCCUCCAGCCUCAAGUCGGCCCAGGGCACAGGCUUUGAAUUGGGCCAGUUGCAGUCGAUCCGUUCAGAGGGCACGACGUCCACCUCCUACAAGAGCCUGGCCAACCAGACCCGCAAUGGCAGUCUCUCAUACGACAGCCUGCUCACUCCUUCCGACAGCCCUGAUUUUGAGUCCGUGCAAGCAGGGCCUGAGCCAGAGCCGCCUUUAGGCUACACGUCUCCCUUCCUGUCAGCCCGGCUGGCCCAGCAGCGGGAAGCCGAGAGGCACCCACGUUUGGUGCCGACCGGCCCAGCACAGCGAGAGCCCUCCCCUGUUCGGUACGACAAUCUGUCGCGCCAUAUCGUGGCCUCCCUCCAGGAACGAGAGAAGCUGCUCCGCCAAUCUCCCCCACUCCCAGGCCGCGAGGAAGAACCAGGCUUGGGGGACUCAGGCAUUCAGUCCACGCCGGGCUCAGGCCAUGCCCAUCGCACUAGUUCCUCCUCAGAUGAUUCGAAGAGAUCGCCUUUGGGCAAGACUCCACUGGGACGCCCAGCUGCGCCCCGGUUUGGCAAGCCAGACGGUUUAAGGGGCCGGGGACUAGGGUCCCCUGAACCAGGCCCAUCUGCCCCAUAUCUGGGUCGAUCUAUGUCUUAUAGCAGCCAAAAAGCCCCACCUGGCGUGUCCGAGAUGGAGGAAGUGGCCUUGCAGCCAUUAUUGACGCCCAAAGAUGAAGUACAGCUCAAGACCGCCUACAGCAAAUCCAACGGGCAGCCCAAGAGUAUAGGCUCAGCCUCUCCUGGCCCCGGCCAGCCACCGCUCAGCAGCCCCACGAGGGGAGGAGUCAAGAAGGUGUCGGGGGUGGGUGGCACCACCUAUGAGAUUUCCGUGUGAGCCUUCGGCACCUCCCUCCCCCUCACCUCUGCACCUACACCAAAGGGCCCCAGGUGGCCACCUUUCUUUCCUCAAGGGGUUCCCCUCCCCUGCACGGACAUUGUUUAAACCACCGAUUCCGAGAGGAUGAGGAGCGUUUUAUAAAAUGCAGUGGGGUCGGGGAGCCGUCGGAGAGUUGGGGCCCUGAGACUGGGGUAGCAACCCCCUUCACCUUUUAAGACCUUCCUUCCCUUAACCCCUGGACCAGACUCAGUGGACAUUUGUGCAAUUGCUCGCCCUGGAGGGAACCAGAUCAUUUUUAAACCAGAAAUAAUUUUUUUUAUUAUUGUUACGGAUUCUAUUUUUUUCCUCUUCUGCGUUACCAGGUGUGUGUGUACAUAUAUAUAUAUACAUAUAUAUAUAUUAUAAAUAUCAAAGAAAUUAUAUAUCUAUCCUGGGAUGGGAAAAUGAGGGAGGGAUAUGUAUAAGGAAGGGGAACUUUUACUCUUCCUAUUCCUCAGACGAGCAGGAAAAGAGGGAAGACACUAAAGUCUUUCUUUGCCCCAUGGGUCCCUCUUUUGUCCCAGCUACCUACUAAGGAAAUAGCACCCUCUCUGUUGGUGCUAAGUGAUAACAGAAACCUGGGGAGAGGCGAGUCUGGGGUCAUCUUGGUCAGGAGGGAAGGACUUGGAGAGGAGAAGUAGUUUUCUAGGCGCAUUGGCACUUAGUUUCCCCAGGAGAGGAGUCAGAGCCCCGCCGUGGUGUGGGGAGAUCAGGAAGAGCUUGGCCCAGCUCCGGAAACAGUUCUGGGUAGUCCCCACCUUUGUGGGGGAGGGAUUACGGUGGGCUGUUUAACUAGCCUCUCGGCCUUCCCCCAGCUCACACAGUUAACAAAUCCAAGGCCAGGAAUGAAGAGUCCAAAAAGCAAUAUUUUUCAUCACAUGCCAAAAACUGGGGAUAGUGAGAAGGAGUGGCAGGCCUAGGCCCUCCGAUUGUCCCUUGGGGGUGACCCCUCAGCCCACCUCAGAAUGGUGCUGGGUGGAGGGGCUACCUGGGUUCUAACCUCUAGAUAGGGGAGACCCCAGCCUCUAGACAGAGGCCCUUUUAUUUUUUACUCUGAUUAGCCAUUUUAAACCAAGAAGGAAUAAAAAGAAAUCCUGAUCUAAACCAGCCCCCCCGACUUGUUUAUUUUGUCUGGUUAAGGCAGGGUGAAUGACGUCUGGUGGGAAGUUAUAAAGAAAACUCCUAAGCUGCUCUCGUGCUGGUCCAUUUUUGGACAGGUACAUUAAUGACAACGAUUUUCCAGAUUCUCUUUUUACUUACGUGUUUUAAUUUAAAACUCCUUGAAAUCUUUUUGCCGCCAUCAAAGCUUCUUAUCAUUUCAAAGCUUAGGGAAAUCUUGCCUGUGCCAUAGUUGUUCCUUACUUUGUCUCUGAAAAGUAAUUUUGGUUGUAGCCAAAGAUGAGACACAGUGGGUGAUCAAAGUAUGAAAGCCUAUUAAAGGCUGAUUGGAUAUAUGGAUGAUAGUUUGGUUUGUGAAAGUAAGGGCCAUGUCUUUUUUUCCCCCUCUUCUUUCCCCUUUUGGUGGUGCUGGGGAUUGAACUCAGGCCGCUUAUAUGCAAGGCAUAUGCUACAUGAGUGAUGUUCCGCCUGUGCCCUGGGAUUAAGUGGGCAUCAACAGACAUUAAAUCCCAAGAAACUGGCUGGAAUCCUUUAUGUUCACUGUCUAGAACCUAAAUAUAUUAAAAUCUUGCUCUGAAAUCAUGGAUUAAA